AUGGUCCAGGAAGCCGAUCUCAAGCCAUGGCUACGACCAUCGCCGAAGUCAUAUCUUCUUCACAAAGCUAACGUGGUCGACGUCGCCGCAGGUUCAAUCCGCAAAUCCGUGACGGUUGAAAUACAGAAUGGCAAGAUCACGUCUAUCAGUCCAUCUGCGGCCAGUGUACCGACGAAGCCCGGUUUCAUCGUCCUAGACUGCACGGGGCAAUUCCUCUCACCAGGUCUUAUUGACUCGCAUGUCCACUUGAUAGCUGUACCUGGCUUCAACGACCUCAACUCAGCCUUUGGUAAUCCAGAGUCUGUCAGUCUUCUGCGGCAGCCCUACGUCUGCUCUCAGAUGCUGCAUCGGGGGUUCACCACCAUACGGGACUGUGGUGGUGCGCACUCAGCGAUCAAGGAAGCCAUAGCCGAUGGCGUGUUCCCAGGCCCGCGACUCUUCAUCGCCGGUCAUGCUCUCAGUCAAUCAGGUGGGCACGCUGAUUACCGCAACAAGCAUGAUCACUCAGCGUGCUGCGGCGGAGCCACCAACGGUCUCGGGCGCGUGUGCAACGGUAUUGCCGAUUGCAUGCAGGCUGUGCGCGAAGAGAUCAGAUGCGGAAGCGACUUUAUCAAGAUUAUGGGAUCCGGCGGCGUCAGCAGUCCCACGGACAAGAUCGAUCAUCUGCAAUUUACUGGUGAUGAGAUCCAGGCCAUGGUGCAAUGUGCCAAGAAUGCCGGAACCUAUGUCACAGCGCACGCGUACACAGCGGAAGCUAUCAGGCACUGUAUCGAGAACGGGGUGAAGGGUAUUGAGCAUGGGAACUUCCUAGACGAGGAGACUGCUGAGCUGAUGGUCAAGAACGAUGUAUACCUGACACCGACCCUGGUAACAUACGAUCAGAUGGCUUCGGCAAAAUGGACUGGCUACCUGCCCCCUGAAUCGCAAUCCAAGAACACCGAGGUUCUGGAUGCGGGCCUCAAGGCGUUGAAGCUGGCUUCGGAGACUGGCGUCAAGAUCUGCUUUGGUACCGAUCUCCUAGGGCCUCUCGGGGCAGCCCAAACCCACGAGUUCGCACUCCGUGCCAAGGUACUGUCGUCCUUGGAGGUGCUUCGUAGUGCAACCCUGAACCCGGCACGCAUGUUAAGGCAAGAGUCAUCACUGGGUCAGAUCCGGGAAGAGUUUGAAGCAGAUGUCCUCUUCCUGGCCAAGAACCCCUUGGAGGACGUAACGAUACUGGACGACCCCGAGAGGCACGUGAUUGCGGUCAUGAAGGAAGGGCGCAUCUACAAGAGCCGGACAGCUGAGAUCAAUGAGGAUGCAUGUGUACCCGUUCGGAUCAAACCCCAGCUGUAG